AUGAACAGACUAUUUGGAGCCAAAAACACCGCACCAAAACCGUCCCUAGAUGACGCUGUAAGCAAUAUUUCAGAUAGAGUGGGCUCACUUGACGUUAAACUCACCAAAAUCAACUCUGAACUUUCCACUUAUCAACAGAAAAUGGCACGAAUGAGAGAUGGACCCGGGAAACUGGCGUUGAAACAAAAGGCACUCAAGCUCCUUCGACAGAGAAAGCAAAUUGAGAGUCAAAGAGACCAGCUUGAGAACCAAUCAUGGAAUAUGACCCAGGCACAAAUGACGACAGAUAACCUAAAGAAUACCAUGAUUACGGUGGACGCCAUGAAGGCAGCAAACAAGCAAUUGAAGAAGACAUACGGCAAGAUCGACAUCGAUAAGAUAGAAGCAUUGCAGGACGAAAUGUUGGAUCUUAUCGACAAAUCGAAUGAGCUCCAGGAAUCGCUUCUGAUGUCGCAAGAUGUGGCUGACGAUAUCAGCGAAUCAGAAUUGGAUGCUGAGCUUGAAGCCUUGGGAGAAGAGAUGGACUACGAGGCUGAAAUGACUGAGGGUAUACCCAGCUAUUUGAGUGAAGAAGCGCCAGCCGCGGACAACCUUCCCACGUUCAUUGACGAAGAGGAGGAGAAGACGAAGAUUGCGGAGUAA